GCAAGGAGGGCAGAGGGAGAGCAGAGGAGACAAGGAGAAGAAGAAAGGGGAAGAGCAAGCUGGGAGCAAUCAGUUUGUUUGGUGUGUCAAGAGAUAAAUACUGAUCAGAGAGUGAGUGACUGAGUGCAGUGCGUUGCUGCAGGAUUUUCUCCCCCCCCCCUUUUUUUUUCUCUCCUGCUGUGCUACACAACUUGGGCUGAGGGAACAUGCAGCACCGGGGGGUUCUUCCCUGGUUUGCCUCUGUCCUCCUGGGGCUGAUGGGGCUCCUGGUGUUGGGUUCAGAAUUCCAGCAUCACCGGUAUGAGGAGAUGGUGCGUGCCCUGUUUGCAGUGCAGAACCAGUGCCCUUACAUCGCGCGCAUCUACAGCAUCGGGCGCAGCGUGGAGGGGAGACACCUCUACGUACUGGAGUUCAGUGAUAACCCAGGCAUCCAUGAGGCAUUGGAGCCAGAGUUCAAGUAUGUGGGCAACAUGCACGGCAAUGAAGUGCUGGGCCGGGAGCUCCUCAUCAAGCUCUCCCAGUUUCUGUGUGAGGAGUAUCUGGCAGGAAACCAGAGGAUCAUGAGGUUGAUCCACGACACACGCAUUCACAUCCUGCCCUCCAUGAACCCCGACGGCUAUGAAGUGGCAGCCAGACAGGGUCCAGAGUUCAACGGCUACCUGGUGGGUCGAGGCAACGCCAAGGAAAUUGAUCUGAACCGUAACUUUCCGGACUUGAACGCUCUCAUGUAUUACUAUGAGAAAACCAAUGGGAGAAACCACCACUUGCCCCUGCCGGACAACUGGGAGCAGCAGGUGGAACCAGAGACACUGGCCGUCAUCAAGUGGAUGCAGAACUACAACUUCAUCCUGUCUGCCAACCUCCAUGGAGGUGCCGUGGUGGCUAACUACCCCUUCGACAAGUCCAGAGACCCUCGCAUACGAGGGAGAACCAUGUACGCAGCCACUCCGGAUGACAAGCUCUUCAGACAGUUAGCAAGGACCUACUCAUAUGGCCACAGCUGGAUGCACAAGGGCUGGAACUGUGGGGACUUCUUUGAUGAGGGUAUCACCAACGGGGCCGGCUGGUACUCUCUGUCCAAAGGAAUGCAGGACUUUAACUACCUUUACUCCAACUGUUUUGAGAUCACCCUGGAGUUGAGCUGCGAUAAAUUUCCCUCGGCAUCAACACUUCCCCGAGAGUGGCUGGGCAACAGAGAAGCACUGAUCUCAUACAUAGAACAGGUGCAUCAUGGGAUAAAGGGCAUGGUGUAUGAUGAAAAUAACAACCCCAUAAGGAACGCUGAAAUCUCCGUAACGGGAAUUCAACAUGAUGUGACCAGCGGAGUGGAUGGUGACUAUUUCAGACUACUGCUACCAGGCACCUACACUGUGACAGCCUCUUCCCCAGGUUACCUGCCCUUCACCAGCACUGUUACAGUCGGACCAGCUGAGGCCACACAGAUGAAUUUUUAUUUGAAAUCAGCUCCAAAACACCACCACAAAGUGAAGCCACACAACAGCAAGAGGAACCUGUCGUCUCCUAAGGCCUCGUCAAAGCUGGGCCCCAGAUGAGACACGGACAAUAUUUAGAUGUCACACUUACAUGCACACACUCACCUACAGUACACUGUAAGCCCCACGUAUUGUAAAGAGAUACGUUCCCCCUGUACCAAAUAAACACAGUUGAUGGAAAAGGUAAUUGACCAUAAUAUAUAAUACAUAUGUCAUUCAUCUUUGUAGUCCUGUGAUUAUGUUUUUGUUGAUAUAAAUAUAAUAAACAGUCUCUAUUAAGAAUUUGUUGCAUAUCAGGUGUAUUUAUGUAGCAACAACGAUUUAUAUGAACACAGCGAUCCUGCAUUUGUAAAGGAUUUUGUAAUGUUUCGUUUUCUAUAAUUGGAUGGGAAAUUGAGAAAAAUAAAAGACAUUUUUUGUGUCAUGACUUAUUUUAA